AUGUCGGAGUAUAGCACCAUCCUGCGCAAUUUGGAUGGAAAUUACCCAUCAGUACCACCGGUUCCCACACUAGUGCUUGAUCGGUCAUCAUCGACUACGUUGAUCACAGAGCCAUAUACGCCAGUUGAGAUGGGGUUCGAUCCCAGCUUGGUGUACUCGCAAAGUCCCCCUCUUUCCAGAUCUCCUCCUCCGGAUUUCCCAUCGGCUGCCUCAUUGCCUGCCCUUCAUUUGCCUAUUCAUCGACCGCAAGUUCCUGACCCCGUCGAUCGGGCUAUUGAUAUGAUGGUUAAUGAGCUGGGGUUUGCCACUGAUGAUGCCAAGUGA